AUGGUACAUAAAUGUUGGAAAUAUAAAAUUCCAAAUUUCUUCACUUUCGUAGAUUUUAGCAGAGCUUUUGAUAGCGUAAAUCAUGAUGCCCUGUGGAGAACACUUUUGGAAUGCGGGAUUAAAUCUAAUGUUAUCUACAUUCUAAAGAAUAACUAUUCUAAUUUAUCCGCUUGUUUUAAAAUAAACAAUAAAGUAUUCCCCUCUUUCAGAAUUAAAAAAGGUGUAAAACAAGGAUGCACACUUUCACCUUUCUUGUUCAAUAUCAUAAUGUAUAAAAUCGUAAAAGAAGCCCUGGGAGCUGCAAAUCUAUUAGAUAUAGGUUCAAAUGUUACAAUAAGUGUGGAAAAUCGAAUAAUAUCUUAUGCUGAUGAUAUAGCCAUUGUGUCUACAAGUGUUGAAGAAACAAAAAAUAUGUUAUGCUAA